AUGCUCGCGACUCGCUCAUACCAGGAAGGGAGCCUGUGGUUCUAUGCGCCAAAUAAAGGAGCACCGAUCGCCUUUGCCAUUCUCUUUGCGCUCUCGGGAGCGAUUCAUUUUUAUCAAAAUAUAAGAUAUAGGUCCUGGAAAGUGACUGGUCUUUUGCCAUGGUCUGCACUCCUCUUUACCGCAGGGUUUAUCAUGCGAACAGUAGGUGCGUUUGGCCAAUGGGGCAAUAUCAAUGUUUAUAUUGCCAGCACCGUUCUUCUUCUAGCUGGCCCACCUGUGUACGAAGGUGCGAACUAUUUUAUCCUAGGUCGCAUUCUAUAUUAUAUCCCAUAUCACUCCCCUAUUCACCCUGGCCGUGUAUUCACGACCUUCAUUGCGGUGGGUGUGGCUAUUGAGUCAAUCACUGCCAAUGGAGCUGUGCGGGUCGCAAGCGCCGAUUCUACACCCAGUCAGCAGAACACUGGUAAAGCAUUACUGAAAGCGGCACUCAUUUUGCAAAUCGCCCUCAUGGUUGCCUUUGUCGCCUUGGCUGCACGCUUUCACCACAACUGCCGAAAGGCAAAAGUGUUAAAUCACAAGAUCAAGCGUGCCCUCAUCGUGCUAUAUUUUAGCUGUACACUCAUCACAAUCCGCACAAUUUACCGUACCUAUGAGUAUUUCAGUGCAGCAAGUCUCAAUGCGUACACCGACAUCCAGCAUAUCAGCCCCGUGCUCAAACAAGAAUGGUAUUUUUGGUUCUUCGAAGUGGUGUUCAUGUAUAGUAAUACAACACUGCUCAAUGUCUUCCACCCCAUGAGGGCACUUCCACGUUCCAACAAGAUCUUUCUUGCUAAAGAUGGGGUGACAGAGAUUGAAGGACCAGGGUAUCAUGAUCCGCGACAUUGGAUCUUGACCGUGGUGGACCCAUUUGAUCUUAUUGGUCUCGUCAUUUUUCGGGGCAAGAAGGAGAAUUACUGGGAGCGCAAUGAGACACAGCAGCAAGUUACUACUGGUCAAGUCGAGCAGAAGGUCUAG